AUGGCUGCGACUGGUCGGUCUGCGCUGCUGCAACGCUGCAACGCUGCUGUGGUCGACGGUGCCCAGUCAGUGAGCGAGCGCGGCAGCUUCCAGCAGGUUCUGGGCGACGAUAUUACGUAUGACCGGUUGCAUGGAGGGAACAGUGGGAAGCGCCCAGAAGACGCAAUCAACAGCGAGCUACGGGAUAUCCCAGGCGCACAAAACAGACCAUGUUCCCUUGGACAAGCGCCCAUCUGGAUCGGACAGCCCUGUGACCAUGCGUCAAGGAACGCAAAGAUGGCUCUAGCUGACGAGUAUUCGCUCAUCGCUGCGACGAUGAGUGGUGGUUCGCAGUCACAUGGCGCAGCACAAUGA